AUGAGUGACAAGCUUGCAAAAACAAUACAGAGAUUUCAAAGCAGAAUUGACAAUGGGUCAUUUUAUGAAGCACAUCAGACGUUGCGUACUAUCACGAACAGAUAUGUAAAAGCAAAACAAUUUAGUGAAGCAAAAGACUUGUUGUACCAAGGAGCUACAAUUCUUGUAAAUAACAAGGAGUACGCAUCUGCAUCUGAUUUGAUUACCUAUUUGGUUCAGAUUUAUACUGAAGAGGGUGUCGAGGUCAGCGACAGAGAUGCCAAGAACAGGCUCAUUGAUUUGGUUUCUGGCAUUCCUAACGAUGACCCCAGUUUGGUAGACUUGUCCAAAGUGUGUAUCAGUUGGUCCAAGCAAUCUUCAGAAUGUAGUAAGUUUGGUGAUCCUGAUUUGCAUCACUUGUUUGGUUCGAAGUUGUUACAAUGGUUGCUGGAUGGACUGAACAAUGGUAAUGGCAACAACAAGGGUGUGCCAGACGAGACAGCUGUGAAGCAGGCACAAACCGUCGAGGAAAAGAGCAAAGUUUUUGCUGUAGCUGAGAUUCAUUUGGUUUUAGGUACAUUCCGCAGUGUCCCAUUGUAUGUUGAUUACCUAGUUCUGUGUUCCAAAGCUAACCCAGAAGUAGAUCCAGGUGUCUUCUUGGCUCGUGCUAUUAUCAACUAUGCCUAUUUGCAGAACAUUAAAUUUGUCCAAGAGUCACAACAGCUCUUUGUUGCCAGCUAUAGCAGCGCGAUUUCCCUGCAACUGGAAUUCAAUUAUUAUAACACGUAUCCAUUGAUGAAUUUUUUGCAAUUGUUGGUAUUGACAUUAGAGAAAGACCAUGCUACGAAUGCUCAAAAAUUCCGCAAAUUGUACGACCAAUACCACACUGUCUUAAAGCAAUAUGAACUUCUUGCACCUGUAGAAUACUUAGGAAGAUUGUAUUUCGGCCUUAAUAUUGGUAAUGCGCAAGGUAAUAAUAUGCUAGCAAACAUAAUGAGCGGCUUAUUUAAGUAG